UCUUUCUCAAUCUCUACCCAGAUUUAUUUUGUAGCGUAGCCUGGUUCCGAGGCCUUCCGCUUCUGUGCUUGCACAAUCGGAAGGCCUCGGGAACCAGGCUAUAGCCGCAGGAAUGGCUGAGUGAAAAUAAUUCCCGAAUUCCCCUUCGUUUUUAGGAGUUUUCCGCCAGCGACAGGGACUGUACUUUUUGUCUGAACAAACUCGAACUACAGGAUGUUUACAAAAUUUCGCGCAUGCGCGGCAGGCCUAGUCCUAAGGUUGCAGAUAGUAGAUUCAUAGCGCAGCGUAAUACGCCCUCUGGUGAGAGAUUAGGUUUAGCUCUGAGAAAGAUGACGUCAUCACUUUCGCGGUGACGUAUAAUUACACUUCGGAUAAAAACUUCACCUCGACCGGUAAGAAAAGCCUUUCAGAAAACUAAGAACCAUGCUUGGACUAGCAGUGUUCGCAUCCCUUUGUUAUUUGGCCUCUGCACACAAGCCACCACCAUUUGUUCGGGACUUGGACUGUCCAAAAUAUACCGUGCUCCAGUCAUUUCCGGGGUAUGAGCUGAGACGGUAUGAGAUGUCCCAAUGGGUUGCAACAAGAGAUAUAGUGAGGGGAUACGGUGCUCGGAGAAACACCAAAAUGUUACAUAAAUUGUUCCACUACAUUUUUGAAAAGAACACACUCGGAAUGGAGAUGCCGAUGAUAGGCCCUUGGCUGAUGACCGUUAUCCCCGGGGUGGGAAGGAAUAACCAACAGACUGUGAUGGAGAUGCACUUCAUGAUUCCCCACAACAUGCAGCCCUUCCCCCCGAUCCCCACCGACCCCACCGUGUACAUCACUACGCUCCCUCCCCUGGACGUCUACGUCAAAUCGUUUGGUGGGUUCACUAAUCGCAGAAUGAACCGGAGGAAAUCGUUUCCUGGGUUCACUAAUUUCAGAAUGUACCUGAUAAAAUCGUCUGGUGUGUUCACUAAUCACAAAAUGAACCUGAAGAAAGUAAAAGAACUGAUGAAUCAAAUCAACAACAGAAAUCUCUACCAUGGAGACCAUUUUUACACGGCCGGAUAUGAAGGUUCCAGCUGUAUGAAUAGACAUAACGAGGUCUGGCUCGUUGCCAAAAACUAAUAGUGUGUACAAGACAUAUUUUCAUGAUAUUUUCAUGUCUUAAACAUAUUAUUAGACUGAUCUAAUAAUAAAGUUAUCAAAAUAAUCUGUGCUCCCUACUGAUGAUGUAAAUAAAAAGUUCUGAGGAUCUC